AUGCAGCCGCGGCUCUGGCUUCUUGUCGCCGCGCAGCUGGCAGCUCUGCGUGGCAGCUCAGUACUUCUGCAGACCCCUGCGUCCACGACGGCUCAGACCAAUCAGACGGUGAUGCUGUCCUGUGAAGCCAAAACCUCCCCCACUAACUCUCGCAUCUACUGGCUGAGGCAGCGCCUGGCCCCGAGCGCUAACAGUCACUUCGAGUUCCUGGCCUUCUGGGAUCUCACCAGAGGGACUGUGUACGGCAAGGAGGUGGAGCAGGAGAGGCUAAUUGUGCUUCGAGAUUCUUCCCGGUACACUCUCAGCCUCCAAAGUGUGAAGCCUUCCGACAGCGGCGUCUACUUCUGCAUGACGGUUGGGAACCCCGACCUGACCUUUGGGAAGGGAACUCAGCUGAGUGUGGUUGAUGUCCUUCCCACCACUCCGCAGCCCACCAAGAAGACCACUCCCAAGAAGAAAGUGUUACGGUUCCCAAACCUAGUGACCCGGAAGGGCCCGUCCUGUGCCCCCCUCAUUGUUGGCCCACUGGUGGCUGUCGUCCUUGUUCUGCUGGUGUUCUUGGGUGUGGCCAUUCAUCUACACUGCCUGCAGAGGAGAGCUCGGCUUCGCCUCCUGAAACAGUUUUAUAAGUGAGCGGAGGAUACGUUUUUGGUGUCCUGCUACAAAAAUACAUUGGUCGGUGAUGAGCGAGAUCUGGAAAAAUGAGAGAGAAAGGACACCCUCAACCAUGGAAGUGUCACUGACCUGCUGAAGCUGCCUGCUUUUAACUACUGCAAGUUCUUUCUGUGGGCCUCAUGCAUGGGAGCAACUUGUUACACGGUCAUCGGGAUCUUAGAGAGAAGGCUUCAGAACCCCAGGGCACUUUCUGCAACUUGCAAGGCAACUUGCAAGGAGGAUUGAGUACAAAAUAGCACCAGCGCACCACUUCCGGCUCCUGUACUCAUCCUGGGUUGGGCUGGGAAUUUCAGUGUUGGCCAUCCAGCCACCACCUUGCUUUGUCCAGGUAAGGCAGUGACAUUGAGACCCGAGUCUCUCGUGGGAUGGCGCUGGGAUGGGUCCCUUUGGUCUUCCCAGGCUGGGGCUGACCCUCCUCACAGAAGGCCCCAGAGAGCAGACCCAGACUGGAAAUGAGGCUCCCAAGAGGGACUGACCUGGCUCCCACAGUCACUUCAGGUUCUGAGGACCUCCUUUGGGGCUUGGAACUUGUGGAUUGGGGGACAUGAGGCCACUUGAUCUCCCACCAGGAAGUCAUUCAGCUUUCACCUCUGCCCUCCCAUGUCUUGUAU